UAGCAUUGACAUGUUCACCAUGCUCUGUUAACCACUGUGUACAUUCCAAAGAGCCAGAAUCACAAGCCCACAUCAAUGCAGUUUCGUUAUCAUCAUCCGUAGCAUUGACAUCUGCACCCUUGUCUGUUAACCACUGUGUACAUUCCAGAGAGCCAGACUCACAAGCCAACAUCAAUGCAGUCCAACCAUCAUUGUCCCUAGCAUUGACAUCUGCACCAUGCUCUGUUAACCACUGUGUACAUUCCAGAAAGCCAGACUUACAAGCCAACAUCAAUGCAGUGUCAUCCUCAUUGUUCCUAGCAUUGACAUCAGCACCAUGCUCAGUUAAUCACUGAGUACAUUCCAAAGAGCCAGUCUUACAAGCCCACAUCAAUGCAGUUUCACCAUCCCUGUUCCUAGCAUUGACAUCUGCACCAUGCUCUGUUAACCACUGAGUACAUUCCAAAGAGCCAGUAUUACAAGCCCACAUCAAUGCAGUCUCAUCAUCCGUGUUCCUAGCAUUGACAUCUGUACCGUGAUCAGUUAACCACUCUGUACAUUCCAGAGAGCUAGAGUUACAAGCAUGCAUCAAAGCAGGCCAACCAAUAUUGUCCACAAUAUUGACAUCUGCACCUCUCCUUUCCAAUAAAUCCAUUGUUUCUUUACUAAGUUUCAUAUUUCCCUGCAAUACCCACAGAAAUAGGUCUUUAGGGCAUUUGGAUAUUCUAUGGAGAAUCGACUGCAGCUGGUAUUCAUCUUUCCUAUCAAGUGCAUUUUUAAUCUCCUGAUCCAACAGAUCGGUAUAAGCAGCCAU